AUGGAUAUCUUUAGAGUGUUAAGUAGAGGGGCCAGUCUGAAGAAGACAAAGGGCGCCUUUACAGACUACGCGACCGUCUCGCAGAGUGACAAAGAUGUCGCUGCUUCUGUCAAGUCGAACGGUGGCCAGGUGGACAAAGAACUAGAUUUUUUUCAUACUAAGAAGUAUCAUCUUAAGGAAGACAACUCGAAGUCAGACAGCAACACAGGUAUUGAAAAGGAACAAGAGGAGGAAUAUGUACCUCCUCCUCCUAAAAUUGUCAGCGAAUCCGAUGCUAAAGCGUUCAGAAAGGCUUUCAAAGUUCAGGUGGUAGGGAACGACAUUCCCUUCCCCAUUGGCUCGUUUGAGGAUUUGAUAACUCGAUUCCAAUUAGACAAGAAACUCCUAUCUAACUUGGCGGACGCCAAAUUCACAGAACCCACUCCAAUCCAGUGUGAAAGUAUUCCUUCCACUCUUCAUGGGCAUGAUAUCAUAGCCUGUGCCCCAACAGGUUCAGGUAAGACUUUAGCAUUUUUGAUCCCAUUGGUACAGAAAUUGGGACAAAAUCAGAAAAAUUUUGGGAUUAGAGGACUGAUUCUUUCUCCUACAAAAGAACUUGCCACUCAAAUUCACAAUGAGCUGCUCAAGCUGACAAAGGGCAAGAAUUUGAUAAUAGGUUUGCUCUCCAAGUCACUAAGCGGAAAAUUGCGCAGUGAUCUCAUCAAGGGUAAUAAGUACGAUGUUAUGGUGUCUACCCCUUUGAGGCUGAUUGAAGUUGUGAGAAUGGGUAAGAUUGAUUUGAGAGAAGUCAAGCAUCUCGUUUUGGACGAAGCAGAUAAGUUGUUUGCCCCAGAAUUUUUGGAACAGACUGAUGAUGUUCUUCACAACUGUUCUAACCCAAAGCUUCAAAUGUCCAUUUAUUCAGCUACCAUCCCCGAGGAAGUUGAAGAGCUGGCUCAUUCAGUAAUGAAAGAGCCUAUAAGGAUCAACAUUGGCCGCAAGGAAGCUGCAAACACGCAAAUCAAGCAGAAAGUAGUCUACACAGGAAGUGAGGAGGGAAAGUUAGUUGCUUUGCGCCAAAUGGUUCAAAACUCAGAAUUCAAGCCCCCUGUCUUGAUUUUUCUUCAAUCGAUCACCAGAGCCAAGGCAUUAUUCCAUGAGCUGAUCUAUGACAAAAUGAACGUAGAUGUGAUUCAUUCCGAGCGUACCCAAAUACAGAGAGACAGAGUUGUGGAAAGAUUCCAAAAGGGAGAUAUAUGGGUCUUGAUCUGCACGGAAGUUAUUGGAAGAGGAAUCGAUUUUAAGGGCAUCAACCUGGUCAUCAAUUACGAUGUCCCUACAUCAGCUGAAGCAUAUGUUCAUAGAAUUGGUCGUACUGGUCGGGCUGGCCACACGGGUUCAGCAGUGACAUUUUUCACCAAGGAGGAUUCUUUGGCCAUCAAACCCAUCAUUAAUGUCUUGAAACAGAGUGAACAAAAUAAUGGUUACGCCAGCUGGAUGGAGACUGAAGAUAAACUUUCGGAGAAAGAGCUGACCAAAAUCAAAAAAGGUGUGGAGCGAGAAUCCAUCAGUACCGUUCCCACAGUAAUUAGAGAGGAAAGGAAACGAAGAGGAGUACUAUACGAGUCCUCCAAGAGACGCAAAUCUGGUAAGUAG